UAUACUGUACUUAAUAAAAAAAAAUCUGACCUUCAGUAUCGUUUCACCUGCACCAUGCAAUUAUUCCGCCAUGUUUCCUCACGUGCCUUGCCUUCCCUUCCCUCCCACCAUGUGGCUUUAGUCCAAGUGGAGGCGCUUGAGAGAGGCACGCUUGGAUAGCAGGAGCACAGUCGCUCACCGUCCACCGCACGGUGCGCAGCGCAGACAAAAACGUGUCCGGGAGUUUUUAAAAUUUUGUCAACGAGAAAUUUACCACCCCACCUAAAUUGCUCUUCGCUCCUUUUUUCCCCCCCUCACGUUUUUCCAAGGCAGCAUCACUGAGAGAGCCCGAAGGAGUGUUGCCACUGUUGCAUUUAGGAGUCUACUUGGGCGGAGGGCCGUGCUGCUGCAUUGAAGUACAAGUUCCUCAUUUCGGCCGCUGGAGAUUCUGCGUGAAGCGGCAGCGACAUGACAGCCGAGAAGAGCGGUCCGAUUAUAAACGGUAAACCAGAGGACAGCAGGGAUACGGACGACUCCAGCUCCAGCCUGGACAACAGGGAGUACUACGAGAGAGGCCAGUGGAACAACAAGAUCGAGUUUGUCCUGUCUGUGGCCGGAGAAAUCAUCGGGCUGGGCAACGUCUGGAGGUUUCCUUACCUCUGCUACAAGAAUGGUGGAGGUGCAUUCUUUGUUCCGUACGUCAUCUUCUUCGUAUGCUGCGGCAUCCCCGUGUUUUUCCUGGAGACCGCACUCGGUCAGUUUACCAGUGAGGGAGGAAUCACAUGCUGGAGGAAAGUCUGCCCCCUGUUUGAGGGCAUUGGCUAUGCAACGCAGGUGAUUGAAGCUCAUCUAAACGUCUACUAUGUAGUCAUCCUCGCCUGGGCCAUCUUCUACCUCUUUAACUGCUUCACCACUGAGCUUCCGUGGGCUGGCUGUGGCCACUACUGGAAUACUGAGAACUGCGUCGACUACUAUGGAGAAAAUGCCACCAACAUUACUAACCCCAACGCAACCUCUCCCGUUAUUGAAUUCUGGGAACGGAGAGUCCUAAAGAUAUCCGAUGGCAUUGAGCACAUGGGCGGGAUGCGCUGGGAGCUGGCCAUGUGCCUGGCACUGGCUUGGUUUAUCUGCUACUUCUGCAUCUGGAAGGGACCCAAAUCGACUGGCAAGGUUGUGUAUGUGACAGCCACAUUUCCUUACUUCAUGUUGCUGAUUCUGCUGAUCAGAGGAGUAACACUGCCGGGAGCGUAUGACGGCAUCAAGUUUUACCUCUACCCAGAUAUCUCUCGUCUCUCCGAUCCCCAGGUAUGGGUGGAUGCAGGAACACAGAUCUUCUUCUCCUACGCCAUCUGCUUGGGCUGCCUUACUGCCCUUGGAAGUUAUAAUGCCUACAACAAUAACUGCUACAGGGACUGCAUCAUGCUGUGCUGUCUGAACAGCGGCACCAGUUUUGUAGCAGGUUUUGCUAUUUUCUCCGUGCUGGGAUUCAUGGCUUACGAACAGAACGUUCCCAUCGAGGCCGUGGCGGAAUCCGGUCCUGGUCUUGCCUUCAUUGCAUACCCAAAAGCCGUGACCAUGAUGCCUCUGUCUCCACUUUGGGCCUGUCUCUUCUUCAUGAUGCUCAUCUUUCUCGGGCUGGACAGUCAGUUUGUGUGCGUGGAAAGCUUGGUGACAGCUGUGGUGGAUAUGUACCCAGAGACGUUCAGGAGAGGCUACCGCAGAGAAUUGCUGAUUCUCGGCAUGUCUAUCGCUUCUUUCCUCAUAGGACUCAUCAUGUGUACAGAGGGAGGGAUGUACGUCUUCCAGCUUUUUGACUCAUAUGCCGCCAGCGGCAUGUGCUUGCUGUUUGUGGCCAUCUUUGAGUCCAUAUGUAUCGGAUGGGUGUAUGGCAGCGACAGAUUCUACCGAAACAUUGAAGACAUGAUUGGCUACAAGCCUGUCUUCUUCAUUAAAUGGUGCUGGAUGAUUUUGACCCCCGGCAUCUGUGCUGGUAUUUUCUUGUUCUUCUUGAUCAAAUACAAACCGCUUAAAUACAACAACGUGUACACCUAUCCCGACUGGGGCUACGGCAUCGGCUGGUUCAUGGCCAUGUCUUCUAUGGUGUGUAUACCUCUGGGGAUCAUCUGGAUGAUCUGGAAGACUCCUGGAACUUUCUCUGAGAGAAUGAAGAAGUUGACGACGCCCAGCCCAGACCUGAAGAUGCGAGGGAAGCUCGCUGCCCUCAGUUCAUGUGCCGCCAAUGACGCCAUGCUAAAGGCUGAUGGGAAAAUAUCCACUGUCUCAGAGAAAGAAACACAUUUCUAACUGACUUGCUGAUCUCAAUUAAGUCCAACCCCUAAAAAAAAAAAAAGACAGCAAACAUCGGCUGCCGUGUCAGAAAUACGAAACAAUUCAAAGGCUUAUUUCGAUUUUGUAAAAAAGAAAAAAAAGAAAAAAUGUAUCACCAGAUACUUAGACUGUUUAUGUUUUGCACAAACUUUGAUAACACAUUUGUCGGGUUCUUUUAACCUCGAAACUAAAGCGGACGCUUUCUUUGCUAACCAUUUAAUAGUUAAAAGUUGAUUUUGAUGACGUACGUUGAGAUUGCUGAUAGCUGACCGCAUUAGUGCCUGUGCCUUGACAACAAUACUGUUGUGUCGUAAAAGGCUUCAAGUACACACAUCUUGUGCCUCGUAUUUGAUACGAGGUGCCCAAAUGUCUCAAAUGUAGCAGCUUUGGGUCCAUGUGGUGUGAGGACACUGAAAAGCAGUAAAACAUGCCGUGUGAGGACAUUCCGCUGUCAAAUCCUAAAGUCCUGUUUCAAUGUUGUCUAAUUUGUAGUCAAAACAUUUCAAAUUAGACACUAUGACCAAAACGUUAAAAAAAGACACAUGCAUUAUUGUGUUUGCAUUAUACAAUUUGUGCUUAUAUACAUGAUUGCGUAUGUAAAAUGGUCUUAGAUGAGCAAAUGAAUGCAUGGAUGAUUCAUGAGAUGUGAUGUCAAGUGCCACUUCACCUCACUAAGAUACUGCAUUUGAUUCAAGAGGAUCAGCUGCAGUAUCUUCGUGAGGUGAAGUGGCACUACUCGUGGCUAACCUUAAUGAAAUCUGACACAACAAAAUAAAUACGUGGCAAAAAGAUUAAUUUCACGACAAACAGUUCACUUUAAAUAUGCCAAUAACGUUCAGAAUGUAAUCGAGUUCUGACUGGAUAUUAUCCUUUUACGGUGAACGGAUUGCAUUGAAUUUGUCGUCGCGUAGCAACAAUAGCAAAAGACAAAAACUAAAGAAACAAACAAAAAAAAAAAAAUCACAUUAUUGGAUUUAGCAGAAAGAUGUGAUGAGGAUAUCGAUCGGGGCGUUAAGCUAUACUGGGUCCUGAGGGGCUUUUGUGAUUUUCCUCGUCUCUGCUGCGGGAGCUUCGCAGUGACAUCGAUGGGUAAAUCAAACUCGGUUUAAAACCUCAGAAAAUCUUCACACAGCUGCGAGCGACCGGCAGGCCGAGUCUUAAGAAGAAGAAAAAAGAACAAACCACCUCCCUCUCUCUCUCUCUGCCCUCUUCUACGUCUGCAUGUGUGUCAUUUCACAGUAAUUAUGCUGAGCCUUUCAACACAGAGUGACUGACGGACAGAUAGGCUUCCGCCCCUGCACUCUCAUCCCCGUGCUGCCUUGAGAGGAGGACAUGUCACACAUCACGCCAAAAUUGCAAGGGCUGUCUGUGCUCUUACCUACCCCCUUCUCAUCUUUCACCUCUUUCACUCCAGACCCCAGCAAAAAAUGGUUGCGUCAGAAUGGAGCGAUGUUUUUGGAGCUUUCAAACAGAAACUCGAUACUGUAAUCCCAUAGAUAAUUAAAUGGAUGGCGAUGGCUGUGUAUGGUGUUUAAUGCUAGGUUCAGAUCAAACAUGAAAUAUUGUAGCGCCCCCUGUACUUCACCCGUGAAUAAACAUACGCGGGUAUGUUUGUGCUUCAGGUGCUUCAAGCGGGGAAAAGGAGGGGCUCCUCCUUUUUUUUUCGACAGAAAAAAAAAAAAGCUAAAACAUCGUGAAUCAAUCUGGUGGACAGUGGUUGUGCUACUUUGGCUGCUAAACGCUAUCUUGGUUGAAAGGCUGUAAACAAAUCAACGUAAUGCACCGAAUGUAAUCGUCAUCGUAAUCAUCUUAUUUCAUGACUUUUGGAUCAGUACGACUGGCCCUUAAAUGGAUUGGCCAUGAUUUGAUCGAAGAUAGUUGUCAGAAAAUGCCAAUUGCUUUCAACACACUGUACCGGGGAUUGUCAGUCAUAGCUAAUACCCAUGUUCGGACAUUUGCCACUUUUUCUACUGGUGGGAUAUGACCACUGCUUUUAUACCGCAAGUCCUGUAUUUGUAGGACAGCGACAAUUGCAAAAAAAAAAAAAAAAAAAAAACAACAACAACAGUGCGAGAUAAUUGGGCCACGUCACAGGUGUUUACACAGAAUAGUGGCAUG